AUGUCACAUGAUCUUGAAUAUGAAUAUGAAAACGAAUCAUCUAUUGAUUCUGAACUGAUUUGUGCUGCUUGUUUAAAUCCAUUCAAUAAACCAACAAUAACAUCAUGUGGACAUAUAUUUUGUCUUUCUUGUAUUAAAUUAUGGUUAAAAAAAGAUUUAUCAUGUCCAAUAUGUCGUAAGAUAUUAAUAGAAAACAAUUUAAAACCUGUAACUAAUCAAAAUAUUCUUAAUAAGCUUGAUCAACUUCCAGUUAAAUGUACAUUAUGUCAACAAACACACAUAAAACGAAAACGUUUUGAUUAUCAUAAAGAUAAACGAUGUCAAAAAGUAAUUGUAUUGUGUUCAGCUGCUGAUAUGAAAUGCCCAUGGAAAGGACAACGAAUAGAUCUACGAUCUCAUGAAAUGAACUGUAGUUAUUGUUCAAAUCAAAAAUUAUCCAACCAUCAAGUUCAAGAAAAUGCAACAACAUCAAGUAAGUUAGAAUUCAAACAAAUAAUAAUAUUUUUAUUAAUAAAAUUAUGUUUAGAAUUGAUGAAUUCUCAUAGUUUAAAAAUUGAAAGUAUAAUUAAUCAAUAUCCACUUUAUUCUAAAAUCUCAUUAAGAAAUCAAUAUUUGACUGAUGAUGAUAUUCCAAUAGUUGUUAAUUUGGCAAUUAUAAAUAAAAAAUGUAAAAUUCUUGAUUUAGGACGUAAUCAAAUUAUUUCUCAAGGUGUUAUACAAAUUGCUGAAAGUUUAACAAAUAAUACGACAUUACAAAUGCUUUCUCUUCAUAAAAAUUCUCUAUCAGAAAUCAGCGUUCAAUAUCUUGCGGCAAAACUUUUAUUAAAUGAUUCAGCUCUUAAAUGGCUUGAUCUUGAAUCAACUGAUUUAACUGAUAAUAGUGCCGAAUAUUUGGCUAUAAUGCUCAGAACAAAUAGAUCCAUUACUGGUUUGUGGUUAUCAAAUAAUCGAAUAGGUUAUCAUGGUGUAGAAAUGUUAGCUUUGGCACUUAUUUAUUAUAAUAGAACUCUUAAAUAUUUAGAUCUGGAAAAUAAUCGAUUGAUAAAUGAUUCAUGCUUGAAUUAUCUUAUAGAUAUGCUUGAACAAAAUGGAUCAUUAAAAGAAGUUUAUUUAAACAAUUGUCAAUUGUCAAUGACAAGUAAAAUAAAACUUCAAACUAUAGCCGCCAAGAAACAAAAUUUUCGUCUGUUUCUUUGA